GUGGGUGGGGUUUGGGGACAGAUCGCUGCUGCUGUUCGGGGCAGAAGUGCACAGGAGCUGGGAGAACAGCGGAGGACGGAGAACGUACAUAGGCAGCCAUAAUAAUGUAACUGAGGUGCGAAGAUAGGAGGGGGGCACAAGCCAAUUGGCGGAGGUCGCCUGAGGAGGACAAGACACGACAACCUCAUGGACACUGGACGCCUGCUCUGAGAAACUUCGCUAUGGCUGCCCAGUCCAGCUUAUACAAUGAAGAGAGGAAUUUGCUUAGAAUCAGAGAACGCGAGAGACGAAAUCGGGAGAUUCUACAAGAAAGACACCCAUUCAGUGACCAUGCACCCCUUUUUCCAGAACCUUACAAGACACGUAAAGGUGAUGAAUUGUCAAGUCGUAUACAGAGCAUGCUGGGUAAUUAUGAAGAGGUUUAUGAAGAAGUAAAGGAACUGAUAGGUGUAAAGUCCUGCCAGGAUUCUAUUCAUGUCCCUUCAAGUGCUUUACCAGCCUCUUCACUAGUGAAAUCAGAUAAGCAGCACUCUUAUAACAGCAAUAACAGUCGGUCUUUGGGGUCCCGGCCAAGGCCUCAUACAGGUUCUGUCCUAUGCUCUAAUGAAUUGAGAGGGAGCCAAAGUCGUGUGAGCCUUCAGCAGCGUACUGGCGUCAUGUCUAUGGAGAAAACUGUCAAGCAAACUCAAGAAGGUAGCUCUGCUAAACCGUCAUUCUCUCCUGACUCCAUCUCAGCCCUUUCCCCUUUACUGUCGUCCUUGUCACCUCCAGUUGAGCCAUUGUCACCAUUACAUUCCAGCCAUCAAGUUGAUUCCAAGCCGCGGGGCGGCCAAAGCCAUGCAAAAUCUCACCACCGUGCCACAAAAUCUCCAAUUUUGAAUGACACAGGCAACAGAGAAGGCACUGCUACUACUGUUGCUAAUUUGGUGCCUUCCGCACAAACUUUCCCAAAAUAUUUGACAAAUAGUACAUUGCCCCCAAAGCCCACUGCUUAUGUACGGCCCAUGGAUGGUCAGGAUCAAGUUCCUACUCAUUCACCAGACUUAAAACCAAUUGAAGAGGACUACCAUGAGGAGUCAUAUGGAAGUCAUGUAGAUCUAAAACCUAGUGGCAAGGAUAAGUUUUCCAAACUAGCAUCUGAACCAUAUGAGACCUUCACCAAUGAAGCCCAUUGUGUUGAAGAGAUUUUGAAGGAAAUGACACAUUCAUGGCCUCCACCAUUAACAGCUAUUCAUACACCAAGCACCACUGAACCUUCAAAAUUUGCAUUUCCCAACAAGGAAAGUCAACAAGUUUCAUCUGUCAAAGUAAACCAGAAACAACAUGACACGUCCUCAAAAGUCUUGCCAAGCCCACAAGAGGGGUCAUCCAUGUUGGAAGCUGAUCUCCAGCUCAGCGAUAGUGAAGACAGUGAUGAAGAGGAGGAGGAGGUUACUGAGAAGCCACUUUCUUCACCUGCUCCAUCAAGUGUUGUGCCAUCACAGGUGGACAGCGUGCCAUCACAGGUGGACAGCGUGCCAUCACAGGUGGACAGCGUGCCAUCACAGGUGGACAGCGUGCCAUCACAGGUGGACAGCGUGGUCUCAGCACAUUCCGGCAGUGUGGAAACUGAAGCGAGUGAGACCGAGAGCUCUUCAGACACGGAGAGUGAAAGUGGCUCAAGUGAUGGUGAAGAGAAUAAGCAUGACACCCAGCCAUCUGACUGGCAGUUGGGGAACUUCAUGGUCAAACCUGCAGCACUUGCUGAAAGCCUCAAUAGCACUGUGGAUCAUGAACAAGAAGGUCACUGGGAGAGUAAAGAGCAUGACAGCCUUUCACCCCCUCUUCAUGACUCUCCAAAGACUGUUGAGUCUCCCCAUGAAAAGGUUAAUUGGACUUCUCAGGAAGAUAUCCAAAACAAUCCUAGUUUUCCAGAAUCCCCUAUAGUCAAUGAAACUGUAACUCCUAGGCAGACUGUUGGCAUUAAACAGCCAAAGAGACCUGUCAAGGCCUCCUUUCAGAAUGAGCCAAAGGGAGGACUUACUGUUGAAAGUGAGCCACAACCAUACAGGCCAAGAGACCAGCCUUCCAAGGAAAGGCCAACUGUGAAAACGAAAGUUAAAACAAAACCAAAUGACUAUAAGGAACCAAACACAAUUGUUGCACAUAGUAGUGAAAAUAAGAAGCACAGAAGCUCUCACCAUAGUAGCAGCACCAAAAAGUGUCCAAGCACUCAAACAGACAAAAAACAGAGUGCCUUAUCACUCCCGCAGUGCCCCUCUGGUUCAAAAGGACUGAGUCAAAGCAAAGCCAAUCAUAGGACUAACCCAACUCAUCCUGCAGUUGUUGUGCGUGAGGACUCUCAUAGAGACAAAGUGUUAUUGCCAAUAGGGGACAACAGACUGCCGCCACCUAUCAAGAACAGUCAUAAACCUCUUGCUCUUAUUGUCAAAAUUGAGCUGUCAUUGCUGUCUAGGUUCCCAGGAUCAUCAGGGAAAGUUAAUGAGUCAAAGAGUAAAAAUAUUAGCAGUCAUGAUUCUCACAGUAAGAAAAAGGAUAAACCUGAGAAAACACAUUCACAUAAUCAUGGCAAGGAGCAUGCAAAGAGAAAGGUGGAAGUAAAAGAAAAAAAUACAUUGCAUGAAACACACAAGAAAAUGAAGUUGGAUAAUGAUACCAAGGCCUCUUCAAGUCACAAGGAAUCGUCGAAAAAAGUGCCUAAAAUCUCUCCUGAGGACUCUCAUAAGGAACACCGACAUCAGAAGCUCAUAUCUCCCACGCAGCCCAAAAAACCUGAGAAAAUGGCACACAAGAGACAUCCUAGUGAGAGCAGCCCUUGCAGGCAGCAAUCCACCACAAGCAGCAAAAAAAGCAGUAGCAAAGAACAUACUACUCCCAAACAAAGAAAGGUGGAGGAAACAAGUAUCGAACGCCCAAAAAGCAGCAAGGGUUCUACAGAUAAAACAAAUCCUUUCCCAGUGCCUUCUUUGCCAAAUGGUACUGCCAAGCCAACCAGACCUCAGCUGAAGUUUGAAGAAAAGUUAUAUUCACCAGAACAUUACAUGAAGGAGGCCAAGAAGCUAAAACAUAAAGCUGAUGUCAUGUCGGACAAGAUCGGAAAGUCAUUCAAUUACCUAGAUGCAGCCAUGUUUUUCAUUGAGUGCGGGAUUGCAAUGGAAGCUGAUGUUAAUGCGCCAAAGCCUGCCUACACGAUGUUUGCUGAAACAGUUGAACUUAUUAAGUUUAUUAUGAAAUUGAAGAACUUCUCAGAUAGUUCAGCACCCACACAUGAAAAAGCUUUUGCAGUUAUAUGCAUGCGUUGCCAGUCCGUUCUCUACAUGGCGAUGUUUCGCUACAAAAAAGAUACUGCAUUAAAGUAUUCCCGCACUCUUGGGGAGCACUUCAAGAGUUCAUCCAGAGCUGCUCAAGCACCUUCUCCGUGUGUUGCUAGAAGUUCUGGAACGCCGUCUCCAAUGUCCCCGACACCUUCUCCUGCCAGCUCUGGAGGUUCUCAGCCAGGAUCCAACAACAGUGGGAGCCAGAGCAACUCGGUUACCAUCCCUCAGAUGAUACAUCACAUAGCAUCAUCUUAUGUCAACAUCACCUCCUACAUCCUCUAUGCUUAUGACAUAUGGGAACAAGCUGAUUUGCUAGCAAAGAAAAACAAAGAUUUUUUUGCAGACCUCAGUGCAAUGGUUUGCCCCCUUGCUCUAAACAGCACUAUGACUGAACUGGUACACUACACUAGACAGGGUUUACAGUGGCUGAGACUGGAAUCAAAUGUGACUUAAACUGUGCUCGAGGACACUUACUCUUUGAACUGAUUUGCACUUUGUACGCCUAGAGUUUGCAAUUGGGCUUGUGAGUUCUAGGAACAAGAAGAAAAAUUGGCUCCUGGGAUCUGGUAUGACUGGAAGCCUGCUGAACCCUGCCUAUAUUGCCAGGUGUGAAGAUGAAGGAGACUUCACAAUCAAAUGAGGCCUUUAAGAAGUUUAGUGUGGUGUUGGGAAGGUCAGUCAAGUUAGUGGUCUUUAAACAUUUCUAAUCAAAACCAGCAUGGGAGAGGUUCAUGUUUUUUUUAGGUAUCAGGUUGUGAACAAACUACCAAGCAAUUCUUAUCAGAUCAACCAACUGGACGUAUACUAGGGUGUUAAGUAGGUUGACCCUUUCCUAUCAUCAUAAAUUUAUGGAAAUACGUGGAAAGGAUAUGCCCAAAACCACACUGAUUGUACACAUAUUGCCAUAAGGGGGAAUAACAUAUGACCUUACAAGUUUUGCAGAUUUCUUUUGUUGAUCUCUAAAUUCAGAACUUUGUGCCUUAAUUCAACUUUCAACUAUCCAGUAGUUCCUGUCAUAUGUUGUUCUUCAGCAGAAAUGUAAUGGAAAGCAGGAAAUUUUGUCUUGUGAGACCUCUAUGAUCUGGAGCAGGGCAACACUGCAUCUUAUACCUGGUGGUUCUGAUACUGUUUUCUAAACAAUCCACUUAUAGAAAGCAUUAUCUGAUGACCAUAAAGGGAUGAAUGAAAUGUGUUUUGGGGGUACAGUUGAACACUGCCAUCAGUUAUGAUUGAUAAGCCUCUAAAUUCACUGCCGCGCUUCCAAACCAGGAUUAGCCAUUCAGUUUCAUGGCUUUUCAUGAUUUGUCAAUCCCUCGCUUAGGGUUCUUCUGUUAAUUGGAAGACUUCCUUCAUCAUACAAAAACAUAUUUUUUAAUAUUGCUUGACCUGGCAUCCCCUGAACCCAUGUUUCUUCAAUGGUAAACCGCAAAUCAGUUUUAACAAAAACGAAGGUACACUAUCAUUCCCUACUAAAGCAUACUAAAAAUGCAUAUUCCUAUCUAUCUUGAUAACAAAGACUCUGUUAUGAAUUCCAGAAGCACUUACCACAAUAGCAGAACAUACAGUCUUUCAGUUGACUGCUUUAGGCUACAAAAAUUAUCCCAUGUAAACCUUUUCCAACUAGUGAUACUUCUUGGGCUAGUAAAGUGUCAUAAUAUGUAGACCAUGCUCUAAAUAUGCCACAUUUGGAGUGAUUGUAUAUAUAAUGGUGGAUUUGUGGCAUUUAUUCAGAUAUUAUCUCCAUACCAUUUUUUUUUUUUUUUUUUUUUGAGGUUUAACUUGAUUAAUUUAUAGAUAAGUUGACAAAUUCAGAAUAAUUGUAUGUAAAAGGUUUGGCUGCACUGCUCAUUACAUAGUGCUUGGAUAUAAAUAUUUUUUUCCCAAAAAUAUAAUCAUAUUUGAUUAAGCUAUUUUGGCUUUAAGGUAAACCUAUGGCUAGACUAUGGGCAAUAAAGUGUGUGUAUAUGAUAUUAACUCUGUAAAUGAGCUUUAAAAUAUGCCAUCACUGACCUCUAUAGCUGCAGGUACUGUAAAACAAGCCAUCCUCACAGAUCACAACAGAGACUUUGAAGUCAGGUUGCAGUCACUUCCCAAACAACUUGCAGCACCCUGGAUGGCCACCAAGUCACCAAGCUGCAAAAAAAGGGAUCACAAGCCAUGACUUCAGUGCCUCUGUUGUAAACAGGAUGCAUUACUCCUCAGUGCAGCUACAGAGGUAAGUCGAGGCUUGCUUAAGGCCCCAUUCAGACCUGACCGCUUUGUCACUCAUUUCUCAAAGCAAGACAAUGCUCAAGUUGGAAGAAUCCCACUAUUCUUUAUGGGCUGUUUCACACUUGAGCAUAGUGUUGCCUUUCCAUGAAGUCUGAAAUAGUACACAAGUUUGUUUUGGGGUAGAUUUGUGCAUUUGUAGCCCCAUAGACUGAAAAAGCAUGCCUGAAAAGCAUGUGUUUGCAUAUAUUUCAGGUGCUCCCUUUUAAAGGUCUAUGGGGCUGACAAUUGACAAUUCUGUUCCUGUACUACAACUUACACAAAAAAAAUGAAUGUUCAAAAAUACUGCCUCUGAAAUCGCCUGCCUUCGCUCAUGCCUAAUGUGAAUGAGGCCUAAAAGCUCAUUUACUGCUUGCUAAUAUGUAAAUGUAUGUCAAUAAUAUGGCCUGUAGGGUUACUUUAAAUGUUAUGAAAUUAUAACCUAGGAUAUGCAGUUGUCCAUGAAUGAGUAAAUGCAGACGUUGGUCUGCUUUGCAAAAUAAAGGGACCCUGUCAGGAUAGAAAUGUGGGUGCUGUCAUUGCUGACUUUUAUGGUGCCGACUCCUGGGCUGUCUUUCUUACCCCUGCCUUCACCACCAGAUUAACUUAUGUUUAGAAGUUAAGUAAUUGGACAACUGAUAAACAUGCAAUUUUUUUAUGUUGGUGACUCACCAAGUAGUUAAUCAAGAAUAAGAAUCAGCCCAGAACCUGUACAUUCUAAAC